AUGUCCCGCUUGGCUCAUUUGGUCCCUCCCAAGAUCGCGUCCCCCUCCGCGAUCGGUGCGCCUCAAUCCGCGGCUCGUAUGACCCGGGUCGUUGAUUUCUACUCCAAGGUGGGUGGUGCAUGUAUAUGUAUACGAUGGAGCGGCGCGGAGGGGGCGUUCCGCUUCUGCCCGGUCGUCGUCGAUGCUCGGCGUUGGCUUGGUCGAAGUGGUCCUCGCAAACCACCGCAUCAAUGAUACUCUUGAACAACACAUCCAAGGAUUGCCCACUGACCGCACCUCACCCCCCCUCUCAUGCACCUGCAGUUGCCCAAGGGAUCGGCGCCUAAACGAUCCUCGUCCGGCCCGAUCUCAUGGUACCGCAAGAAGUACUUUGAGGGCGAGAACGCCUCCGGUGCUCCCUUCAUCCACGCCAUUGGAGCCUUGUUCAUCGUUGGGUAUUCCGUCGCUUGUGAGUUUGCAGCUUUAGUGAGGGGGUGUGCGGGGGUGUGCAUGGGGGAUGGGCGUCAGGUUGGAGAGCGAGUGUGUGGAUGGAGGGGGCGGGGAAGUAUGGGUGACUGAUCAUGGUACUGUUUGCACGAUGGGCUUUCUAUUAGACAACAUGCAUCUCAAGCACCACAAGAAGUAAGCUACACCCGCUUACGCUCCCGCCGUACGACCUAGUGAAUGCUCACUCUGAUGGCCGUCUCGUUUCUCUCUCUCGCAGCAACCACCAUUGA